AUGUCAAAUAUAAGACGAUUGACACCAGCUCCCCCUCCAACAACAAAUGCUUGGGAUUUCAAUACAUUGGUAUUGUCCAAACCACAAGACAACAUAGUAGCAGCAACCACCACCGAUGCACCAAUUUGCAAACAAAAUACAGAGCCUGCAGGCCCACUGAAUCUACAUUUGGAAUCUCCAUCAGUAAUUCAGACCAGUGCCAGGGUUGCACCACUUUCAGAUGCAUCAUCAGUUGUUGAAUUACUGCAACCGAAAAUGGCUGCAAGAAUAACAAAUAAACCAACCAAAUUAGUAAACGUUGGAAACAGAGUCAAAGUUAAAAAGCCAACUCUUCCUAGAUCAUGGGAUAUCAAAGGUGGAACAAACUUGCUCAAGUAUAAGGUUACAGACAGGCACACCAAGCAGCCCAUUUCAAUGUCACAACCAGAUUUGAGGUCGACAGAACCAGGGGCAGAAGAGGCAGCCACUACCACCACCAUCACCACCACCACCACCACCACUAGUACUGCUGCAUUAUCAACCACUACACUACCAACAACAUUUUACCCUUUAAAACCAGACAUGGCCUUCUUUUCCCACUGUGCCGAAGAUCAUCCAUACAUGUCAACGGAUCCAGCAUCUAUUCCCUCUCCCAUACUCAUUCCAUCACCAAACUCCUCUUUAUUUCCACAAUCACCUGGUAUGUUUCCACCACAGCAGCCAAUGGUAGUGUUUGGAAUGCCCGUGUACCUGCAUUUGCCACUUCAGCACCUGCUGCCACAAUUACCAAUACCAAUACCGACGCCAUAUACACCUUGCACACCAAUGGUUCCGCUUGAAAGCAAAAGAGACACCCUCAAAAAAAAUAUCAAGAAACAGUUGCAAUACUAUUUCUCAACCGAAAAUCUUUGCAAAGAUACCUACUUGAGGUCUCUAUUUGAUAAAACUGAUGGUAAACUAAAGGUAAAAAAAUUGCUCGAGUUUAAUAAAAUCAAAGUGUUGACACAUAAUGGGAAAUAUGCCGAGAUGGUUACUGGAGCAGCGAAAGAACUCCCACUUUUAGAAGUGCUCGAAGGCAAUGAGUAUAUUCGAUUGAAAACAUGGGAAAAGUGGGUUAUGCCGUAG